ACUUGGGGGGCGGAGAUCUAUGGGAUGGCGGCGCAGCCCUGGGUGGGCCCAUGGCGCCCUCACCGCCCGCGCGGCCCCAUCGCCGCCCUCCACGCCGCACCGGGGCCCAAAUAUGGCCUCCCCAGCGGUGUCGGUUGGAACCUCCAUGACCCCUCGAGGCCGCGCGCUCCCGCCUACAGCUUCGGGCGGAGGACUCCGGGGGUGGCGCAGCAGCUCUCGCCGGGACCCGCGUAUCUCCUCCCCCCCGGGACCACCGCCAGGGGCAAGGACGGCACUCCGGCCUUCUCCAUCCACGGGAGACCACGAGACCUUCUCCUCUUCCAGACCCCCGGGCCAGGUCGUUACUCCCCGGAGCGAGCGACCGCCAUCGCCUUCCGGAGGGCCCCAUCCUGCACCAUGGGCGCCCGCGGCAGAGCCGGCGGCACCAGCACCACCCCGGGCCCCGCUGCGUACCGGCUGCCCCCCAUGUUGGGUCCCCACAUGGUGAACAAACCCUCGGCCCCCAACUUCUCCAUAUUGGGGCGCAGCACUGUGGGCGCCUUCGACCGAGACCACAGCAAGACCCCCGGCCCCUGUGGUUACGACCCCGUGGCCGCCGACGUCUACAAGCGGCGAUCGCCCCACUUCAGCAUUUUGGGGCGCACCCCUCAACCGGGGGACCCCAAUACCAAACCGGCCCCCAACGCCUACAGCCCUCAGCAGCCGCGGCAGCCGCGGGGUCCCACUUUUGGGGUGCGCCACUCGCCCUUCGUGACACCCCUCAUUCCCGACGGCAUCGACUAA